AGUCAAGGGAUGUGUUGGUCCAGAAAUUCAGAAUGGAAGAAAAUCAAGCUCCAACCUGCUCUUUAAACCAAUGGAGAAAGUCACAUUUGAGUGUGACCAUGGUUAUAUCUUGAAAGGCAACACUACAAUUCAAUGCCAACCUGACAGCAGAUGGGAUUUCCCUGUGCCUCUCUGUGUCAGAGUCAUGCACUGCCAUCAACCCCCACAAGUCCAAAAUGGGUUUCACAGCAACCAGGAAUUGGCAGUGUUUAGUGAUGGAAUGUCUGUGAAAUACACAUGUGAGCAUGGGUACACUCUGAUUGGUGAGGCAACCAUUUAUUGCACUGAAUCUGGCACAUGGACUCUCCCUGCCCCUCACUGCAAAGGUGAGUUUCUUACAUGUGUUGACUUCUUUAACAAUGAGCAAAGAAUGUCAAACUGCCUCCCUUCUAUUUUAAAUGGUCAUGGACUGGCAAACUUUCCUAUUGGCAUAUAUGUAAAUUAUACUUGUAACCCUGGCUACUUGCUCAUUGGAGAUGCCUCCAGUCACUGUACAAUUUCUGGAGCAUGGAGUCAGCCUAUAGCACAAUGUGAAGUAAUGAGGUGCCCAUUGCCCCCACGGAUUGCCCAUGGAAGCUAUUUUGGAGCAGACUUCACAUAUCAGAUGUCUGUUAUCUAUGUUUGUGAUGCUGGCUAUUUCCUUGUUGGAAAUCCUAUGGUUACUUAUACUUUACAGGGCUCAGGCUCUACAAACUGGAGUGAACCUCCACAAUGCAAAGGAUGUCUUGCACCUGAAAAGAUUGCCAAUGGGAAACCUGACACUGAAAUUCUGAAAGAUUUUGCCUAUGGAUCCUCAGUGACUUACCUUUGUGACCCAGGCUACUUUCUCACUGGUGCAGCAACAAUAUACUGUCUGUCUUCUGGAAUCUGGGAGCCACCUGUCCCUCAGUGUAAAGACAAGGGCUGUAUUCGCCCAGAAAUUCAGAAUGGAGGAAAAACAAUAUCUAAAUUGCAAUUUAAACCCAAGGAGACAAUCACAUUUGAAUGUGCCCCUGGUUACAUUUUGAAAGGAAAUAAUACAAUUGAAUGCCAAUCUGACAGCACGUGGGAUCUUCCUGUGCCUCUCUGUGUCAGGGCAAUUGGCUGUGUCCUUCCACAGAUUCCUGGUAGCAAAAAAGCAAGCAUAAUAAACAUGUUUCAGUCUGGAGAUAAUAUGACUGUUCAAUGUGGGGAUGGAUAUGUCUUGGAAGGUAGCCCAUAUAUUCAGUGUCAACAUGAUUUUGUAUGGGAUCCUCCUGUGCCAGUUUGUAAACCAGGUUUCUAUUUCUUGGCUUCGAUAAGCUUUGGUAAGUAA